UCCAUCUCGAAAAUCUCGGUGGUAUACCGUGCCGUCUUCGAUCAUCCACCUCCUCCACGUCGGCGCUGCGUCAGCAAAGUUCGGUUGGAACGAGCGACGGACAUUCACAUCAUCAUCAUCGUACCGCACGCGCGUUAGACACAUCCGAUAGCAACAAAGACUCGGUGCAGCAUCCUCGGGGUGACGAAGCAACUGAGCGUAGGGAGGCAGUAGAAGAACCCGGUGCAGUGGUGGAGGAAGCAGGCAACUGUUACUACAUUGCCGCGAGUAGCGAGCAGCAGCAGCAGCAGCAGCGUAGUGACGAAGACGACGAUUGCAGUCCACGUUCGAAACGCCGGCGGAAGAUGCUGAACGAUAACGUCGGUGGUGGUGUUGGUGGUGGUAGUGGUAAUCGGAACGGAGCUGCUGCCGGUCUCGUACCAGCUGCACCCUCCUCAACUGCUUCCCCGAUGGACGCGUCAAACUGUGAUCUGAACGGUCACACCGUGGCCAACAGUAGUAGCAGCGGCAGCAGCAGCAACAACAAUAGCAGUAGUAAUAACGCCACCGUUAGCAAUAAUAGUAGCAACACGGCCGACAACGACAAUGCCGGCGGCCUGGGCAACAACAACAAUGGACUGGCAGCGAACGGUGACGCGGGCGGAGGAUCACGUCCCUCACCUGCCACACGUACCGUCGUCAAGCUGGACCGCACCAACCAGGACAUUGUGCGACUGAUCGGACAACAUCUGAAAGACAUUGGGCUUGAGCGUAGUGCCGAGAUGUUGAUGCAGGAAUCGGGCUGCUGUUUGGAGCAUCCGGCCGCGACGAAAUUCCGCAUCCACGUGCUUUCUGGCGACUGGAACAAGGCGGACCACGAUCUACAGGAGCUCCAGUCGAUGGUCGACAUAAGGACCGAUCGGGCCAGCAUGAACGAGAUGAAGUUUCUGUUGCUCGAGCAAAAGUAUCUCGAGUAUCUGGAGGAGGGCCGUCCGAUCGAUGCGCUGCACGUGCUGCGUAAUGAGCUGACACCGUUGCAGCACAAAACGCCGCGCGUCCAUCAGCUUUCCUCGUAUAUGAUGUGCACCAACAACCAGGAGCUGUAUGUGCGGGCCGGCUGGGAAGGCAAGGGCACGAAAUCACGCACCCGGCUUAUGGAUCGGCUUCAGUCUUACCUGCCCGCGACGGUAAUGCUACCCCCGCGGCGACUCCGUUCCCUGCUUGUGCAGGCCGUUGAGCUGCAGAACGAACGCUGCCAGUGUCACGACAUGACGUGGAGCACCAGCAUCGACAGUGUGUCGCUGCUGGUGGAUCAUAAUUGCAGUGCGGAUGGAUUCCCGCUACAACCGCUCCAGGUGCUGAACGACCAUUCGGACGAGGUGUGGUUCUGCAAGUUCUCGCCGGACGGACGAAGGCUUGCGACCGGCUCGAAGGACAACAGUGUGAUCGUGUGGGAAGUUGAUCCGGUGAAGCUGCUGCUUCGCAACAAGCGCUCGUUCGAAGGGCACACGUACGGUGUGUCGUACAUUGCGUGGAGUCCGGACUCGAAACACUUUAUCGCUUGCGGACCGGACGAUUGUCCCGAUCUGUGGAUAUGGGACGUGGAGCAGGAAAAGCUCGUCACCAAGUUCUCACACUCGACCGAUGAUAGUCUCACGUGUGCGGCGUUUAAUCGUGAUGGCACGCGCUUCGUGACGGGUGGCACACGUGGUCAGUUUUAUUUGGUCGAUCUGGAUGGUAUUCUGCACGACAAUUGGGAGGGCGUUCGGGUAAAUGGGCUAGCCUUCCUGUCGGACAACAAGACUGUGCUGGCAGCGGACACACACUAUCGGAUACGGGGCUACAGCUUUGAGAAUCCGCGCACGGAUUACGGUAUCGUGCAGGAACAGUGUCCGAUCAUGACGUUCUCGGUGAACUCGGCCGAUCGGCUCGCACUGCUCAACAUCUCCUCGCAGGGGUUGCAUCUGUGGGAUCUGCAGGACAAGUGUCUGGUGCGACGGUUCCAGGGUGUGACGCAGGGCAACUACACCAUCUACUCGUGCUUUGGAGGCGUAAACGAAAGCUUUGUGGCUAGCGGGAGUGAGGAUAACAAGGUGUACAUUUGGCACAUCCGUCGGGAGGAACCGCUCGCUACGCUGAUUGGGCAUACGCGCACGGUGAACUGUGUGAGCUGGAAUCCGGUGUAUCCGUCACUGUUGGCAUCGGCAUCGGACGAUGGUACGGUGCGCAUUUGGGGCCCGCAGCAACCGCAAACACAGUGGACAGCGAACGGUGGUGCGUCUAGCUCCACGUUGCAGCAGCAGCAGGCCAAUCAACAUCCGCAGGUGCACACGAAUGGUAGUGCCGCCGAUAGUGCCUCGAUCAGUUCGACCGGAUCUGCAACCUCAACAUCGUCCUCAACCUCAUCCUCAUCCGGUGGCAGUGGAGGCGGUGCUGGUGGUUCCGGACAACCACCGAGUGUGGGAGGGGGAGGAGGUGGUGGAGCUGGUGGCAGCAUCGAAGUUCUAUCAACAUCGUCCUGGAAUAUCACAUAAUGUUAG